ACAGACUUUUAUUUUAGAUAGUUGUGUUACCGUAUCGAGGUCAAAUUGGAUACUAAUAUGGGUUUGACAUAUUAAGCAUUUCUUGCAUUUGGAUUAUUGUGUUGGUUUCCUAAAUCCCAAUGUUUGUGGUUUUAUCUAUUUGCUCGUGUUCUUGUUCAUGCCCCUGAAUUCCUGUUUGUGUUACCUCUCCAAAAAAACACCUUACCCUAUUUCUUCUUAGGAUGAUUUUCAAACAAAUACGAGCUUCAAAUUAAGUUGCUAGAUUCUAAAUGGCUUUGAAAGCUACAGGUCAGAUUUGGUUGCUAUCAAAUUUUGACUCACAAGAAGACAUUGCUUAUCCAAAUGAUCCCAGGGUGCCUAUUAAGGUGGAUGAAGAUAUUAAACAGCUUUUCCGGAAAAUUGAAUUGCCACGUGACAUGAUUGAUAUAGAGAAGGAUCUUCAAAAGAAUGGCAUGAAACCUGCCACCAACACUGCAAAGAGGCGAGCUGCAGCCCAGGUUCAGGGCAUAUCUACUAAGCCCAAACAGAAGAAGAAGAAGCAAGACAUCAGCAGUAGGACCAAGCUAACCAAUUCCCACCUUCCAGAGCUUUUCCAGAACCUCAGAAGUUGAUGAAUGCUGCCGUGGGAUCAAGAUAUUGUUGGAAAAUCCUGCUCAGAAUGGCAGUUCCUCUUUUGCAAGUUUGUGGAUGAGAAGAGUUGGAGAAGUAUCAUAUUAGCAUCAAUUUAUGAAACCUUUUAUAUUAUAUUUGAGUAAUAGAUUGUCAAAUCCAAUGGUAUGGUAUAUGGUACUACGGGUGUAACUGGUGCAAGGCUACAAUGUCUUUUUUUAUUAUUAUGAGUAAAAAUCACUGCUGAACUGUGUUGUUGUUCCUUAUCUAUAACAUUGA